UUUUUUCCGACUUCGCCACUAGGACCUCCCAGUUCGAGUGGCGUUCCGAUGAUUUUUUUCCUGGUCGGAGGAUGGGAAUUUCCGACUUCCCACUUCCUCGAAUGCAGCAUUAAAAUGUGUGUCUCGCUGACGGUUCCAAAGAUGUCUAUGGAGAAAAUAAACCCUCCAUUUGGACUAGCAGACAAAGCGACUAUUGGCACGAUUGACAUGAUCGAGAAGGAGGACCCGGUGAUUACUGAGGAAGAGGCGGCCCAAUACGACCGCCAGAUCCGUCUUUGGGGCUUGGACGCCCAGAAGAGACUGCGUGGGUCCAAGGUUCUCCUGGCAGGGUUAGGUGGUCUGGGGGCUGAAGUGGCCAAAAACUUGAUCUUGGCUGGAGUUAAAGGACUUACCUUGCUCGAUCACGACAAGGGGAAUGAUCAGUCAUGGGCUCAGUUUCUAAUCCCAGUGACCGAGCGAGGCCAGAAUCGGGCCCAGGCGUCCCUGGAACGUGCCCAGAUCCUCAAUCCCAUGGUGGAAGUACUUGCUGACAGAGACAGAGUAGAAGAUAAGCCCGACUCUUUCUUUCUUCAGUUCAAUGCGGUUUGUUUGACGUGCUGCUCCAAAGACACGAUGGUGCGCAUUGACCAAUUAUGCUCGCAGCACAACAUUCUGGUCUUUUGUGGUGACGUUCACGGUUAUUAUGGUUACAUGUUCUGCAACCUUGGACCCGAGCACAACUAUGUGGAGGAGAAACCUAAAGUGGUGAAAAAAGCGAUGGGAGACUCCAAUGAUGGCCCUGACGCCAAGAAGGUCAAAGUGGACCCCAAUGAAACCACCAUGGUAAAAAAGACGUCCAAGUUCUGUAGGCUGAAGGAGGCUUUGGAGGUAGACUGGACCAGUGACAAGGCCAAAGCCGCCCUGAAGCGCACACCUGUUGACUACUUCCUACUUCAUGUGAUGCUGAAGUUCCGCACCGACAAGGGACGAGACCCCGACCCAAAAUGCUUCAAAGAGGACAGCCAGCUGCUCAGUCAGAUCCGCCAGGAUGUUUUGAGUACGUUGGGCGUGGAUGGCGACCUGUUCAAGGACGACUUCAUCAAUUUCUGCUUCUCCGAGAUGUCGCCUGUGUGCGCCGUUGUGGGAGGAGUGCUCGGACAGGAAAUUGUUAAGGCUCUGUCCCAGAGAGACGCACCGCAUCGCAACUUCUUUUUCUUUGAUGCACGCAAAGGAAAUGGUAUUGUGGACUAUUUUGGACCAAAUUGAGGAUGUCCUCACUAUUUUCUCGCAUCCAAGUGUUUUUGACAUCACCUACUACGUCCUCCAAUCUCCUAAUUUCUGACAUUUUCUUACAUUAAUAAAAAAAAUACUGCAAAAAAAAAUCC